AUGUCUGAAGGAUUUGUUAAAGGGUCAGCAAACCUAGGGGCGAGAAAGUACAGUGUUACUGUAGCCAUCUUCACCUGCGCGAAGUCGCCAAGGGCGUUGUCACUUGCCCCAAUUCUCCCCAAUUUCUAUCCGAUCCACAUCCUGCUUGAGGCGCCUUCUGUGGCUGUCCAUGCCAUCCUUGCGCUUUGUGUCCUAGAGGCAGAGGCGAUACUCGGCGGCUGCCCAACUUGGCCGAGGACCCCAUAUCUGGAGCAGGCUUCUCCCUUUGGUUGGCCGCUGUCGCCUAACAACUGGACUUUCGCAGAGCAGAGGGAUUGGCCAGACAGGUUUCUGUCCUGUGCGGGCGAACGCCAGUCUCCGGUAAACGUGCUCACAGCCGGGCCGUGUGUCCGAAGCGAUGGCCAGGGCCAGGAAGCAGAGAAACCUGUGCCGCAACAACAGGAUGGCCUGCUGGAGGGAAGGGCGAUGUACACAGUGGCCGGUGGCACCCCCCAGGUCAAGGUGAGCCCUUACAUGCGUUCCGUGAUGCUGGAUGCAGACUUUGGCUCCAUCAUGCUGGAGGACGAGACUGGUGUGGAUGUUGAGUACACGGCGCAUCAGGCAGAGCUCCAGAUCCUUCACAAGCCCAAGGCUGCCAGCGACAUGACCAAGGGCGGUGUGGCCCGGAUUGUGAGCGUGAUGUUCGAGCAUGACGAUGACGCGGACAGCGCACUGUUCGAGCACUUGGGAAUGCCGAAGGUUGGUCCUGAGAUGGAAGCGCAGAGUUCAUGGCAACUGCCUCACUUCGUGGAUCUGAUGGACACACUCCAGGAUGCACUGACUGGCGCGACCUACCAGUACGAAGGGUCUGUUCCCGUGCCACCCUGCACAGAGAGCAUCAAGUACCUGGUGCUUGGCAAGGCUCCACAGGGCCAGAAGAAGAAGAAGAAGAAGAAGAAGAAGAAGAAGAAGAAGAAGAAGAAGAAGAAGAAGAAGAAGAAGAAGAAGAAGAAGAAGAAGAAGAAGAAGAAGAAGAAGAAGAAGAAGAAGAAGAAGAAGAAGCGAGCGGGAGUUUUGUCCGACACCAUGGCCAGCAUCGGCGAGCUCGUGAUCGUGGCUCACAAGUUCAUCACGGCCCCGCAGGCAAGCGCGCAGAGCUUCUGCAACGUGAUCAAGCUGGGCACUUUCUGUCGAACCGUGGUUUGGCCAUGCCUGCCGCCCCUGCUCAUGUACCAGUACAUCCGUGGCACGGACGACGACAUGUACGCGGUCGAUGUCCUCUAUUCCAAGUCUGGCUCCAAAGAAACUAAAGCCUUCUACGAUGCAUCCCGCAUGAAGGGGUCCGGCCACUGGCGCAUGCAGCAGGACUUGGAGACGAUCCGGGCGGCAAGCGCGCAGAGCUUCUGCAACGUGAUCAAGCUGGGCACUUUCUGUCGAACCGUGGUUUGGCCAUGCCUGCCGCCCCUGCUCAUGUACCAGUACAUCCGUGGCACGGACGAUGACAUGUACGCGGUCGAUGUCCUCUAUUCCAAGUCUGGCUCCAAAGAAACCAAAGCCUUCUACGACGCAUCCCGCAUGAAGGGGUCCGGCCACUGGCGCAUGCAGCAGGACUUGGAGACGAUCCGGGCGGCUGCCAACGCUGAGUAG